AUGCAGGUUUCAUAUGCAAUUACAGGAGCCAAUCGGGGCAUUGGUUUUGAGUUCACAAACCAAUUGAGCGCAAACCCGAAUAAUAUCAUUUUCGCGUUUGCAAGGAACCCGGAGGCGGCGACCAGGCUACGUGAUUUACAAGCCCAACGCAAGAACAUACACAUUAUCAAGCUGGAUAUCAGAAGUUUGAGGGAACUGGCGGAUGCUGUCGAAUACGUUGGUUCAAUAACGAAAGGAAAAUUAGACUGGCUCAUCAACAAUGCUGGUUACAUAGAGCCGUUCCGAUUGUAUUUCGUAUCUCCAGCAGAAUACCCAAUUGAAUCACUCGCAGAGGAUCUGGGGAUUUCUCUCGAGACAAACGUCAUUGGUGUUUCACAAACAAUCAAUUCGUUUUUACCGUUACUCAGAGCCGGGAACCACAAAAAGGUCAUAUCUCUAUCAAGUGGACUAGGGGAUGAAGAGUUCACCAGACUUUGCGGAUUUUCCCCGCAUAUGCCAUACUCUGUAUCGAAAUACUCGCUCAAUCUCAUGAUCCUGAAAUAUGCAUUGGCAUUGAAGGAAGAAGGAUUUAUAUUCUUGGCGAUUUCGCCAGGCGUAGUCGACACUUUCGAGGGGCCACCCCCGCCUCCAGAGUUGAUACUCGCAUACGCGAACAUGUUUGACAAAUUCAAGACCAUGUAUCCUCAUUUUGAAGGACCAGUAGAACCUCGGUUAGCUGUAGGACAGAUGCUUGAAGUAUUCAAGCAAUUGAAGCCUGAGCACAGUGGGAAUUUUUGCUCACAGUACGGCCCCACAUCGAGGACAUGGUUGUAA